CUCCGUUCUGAAAUACAUGACGUUUUACGUCUGCACGUUGAAAUUUCGUAACGCUACGAAAUAUACGGGUUUUCCAUUUUUACCCUCGACCGCAUCGCCCUCAGUCCCUCUCUCUCACUCUCUCUGUCUCCCUCGCCCGUAUCGCUCUCUGCCUCUCUCCCACCGCAUCUCCCUCCCCCUUGGCGCCGCCGCAUCUCCCUCGCCCGCCUCGCCGCGCAUCUCCCUCGCCCGCGUAGCAGCCGCAUCUCCCUCGCCUGCAUCGCUGCAUCUCCCUUAACCGCGUCGCCGCUGCCCUCUUUCUCUCGCGUCAUCCCUGCUUCGUUGUCCCAAGAUUCGAUUUUUACCGUCGGAGGAGCUGCUGGAGUAGGAGGAGCUGCGGGAUGAGGAUCUGUGGCGGUGAGAAGCUGCCGGAUCUGUGCGGCUGUGGGGAGCUGCUGCAUCUGUGCGGCGGUGACAAGGUGCAGUAAGCGGUGCCGAGCGCCAAUGUGCCGAAGGAGAGGAGGAUGGUGAGCAGUUGGACCCACGACGGCACAUCCGCCCUGCCCCCGUGCUUGAGCGCGUCGUAUACCACCUGACGGCGAAGGAUGCGGUCGAACACCACCAGCGGCAGCUUGUCAUCGCCGCGGCCGCCGCCGUCCUCCUCGCGUGCGGCCUCCAUGAGCGACUCCUUGAGGAGCAGCUGUUGCAUCAGGUGGUGAGAGGAUGGACGUGGUGGCCCGGUUGUGCGUCCAUGGAUGAUGACUCCUUGAGGGCGACGCUGACGGUGGUGCUUGUGGUGCCCGACGCUGACGUCGUGCUCGUGGUGCCCGACGCCUGCUGCUUCAGUCAUUCAUUCAGAGGAGUAUCAUCUGCGUGUCCGAUCUGGAAUCGCAUGUUUUGGAGUCUUGUUUGGAAUUAAGAGUACUGGAGCUCACCAACUACAUCUUGACCGGGAUCGAUGCCCUCUUCCUCUUCCAUGUUCAUAUCAUCUUGGAGUACUGCCUAUUCUGAAGUUGGUGCAAUGGAGCCUGGAGCUGCACCUUCUGGACCUGGAGCCUGUUCAGGACCUGAAGCCGCCGGCGAUCUGCAGUACCUGGAGGUGGAGCUGGCGAGGCCCUGGGAGGGUGACGGCAAUCUGCAGCAGGACGCUGGUCUCGGGAUGACGAGGUGGGGAUUUGCUGGCCCAGGACGAGGAGGGGGAUCUGCUGGCCCAAGAAGACGGGGAGGAUGGGAGGGGAUCUGCAGGGUGAGAUGGGAGGUGAUGGAGGUGGAGGAUCCAGAGGUGGGGGCGAUGGAGGUGGAGGAUCCAGAGGUGGGGGCGAUGGAGGUGGAGGAUCCAGAGGUGGGGGCGAUGGAGUUGGAGGAUCCAGAGGUGGGGGGGCGAUGGAGGCGGGCGGAUCUGGAAGACGACCUGGGUGGAGAUCGAGGAGAGAAUUCAAAACUGAAGGGUAACCUGGUCAUUUUGCUGCUUUUUCACCUGGUCGGGAAAAAUCCCCAGCGUCAUGUAUUUCGGAACGGAGGGAGUAGUAUAUAA